GGAAUCCAACGGUCAUCGUAGAUCGCAUCAGAUAAACGGCUAAAAAGGCAAAUUCUCUUGGAAGAAGAAAGAAGAAAGAAGAACUCAGAAGAUGCAACCGACAGAGACGACGUCGCAGCCGGCGCCGGCGGAACAAGGCCGUCGGCUCAAGGAUCAGUUAUCGGAGAGUAUGAGUUUCAGUAGCCAGAUGAAGAAGGAAGACGAUGAGAUGUCGUUGAAAGCUUUGUCGGCGUUUAAGGCUAAAGAAGAGGAGAUCGAGAAGAAGAAGAUGGAGAUUAGAGAAAGAGUUCAAGCUCAGCUUGGUCGUGUUGAAGACGAGUCCAAGCGUCUCGCUAUGAUUCGCGAGGAACUUGAAGGUUUUGCUGAUCCCAUGAGGAAAGAAGUUACUAUGGUGCGGAAGAAGAUUGAUUCUCUUGACAAAGAAUUAAAGCCAUUGGGGAAUACUGUUCAGAAAAAGGAAACAGAGUACAAGGAUGCUCUUGAAGCAUUCAAUGAAAAGAACAAGGAGAAGGUGGAGCUGAUCACCAAGCUGCAGGAGUUGGAGGGACAAAGCGAGAAACUGAGGUUCAAGAAGCUGGAGGAGCUAAGCAAGAACAUUGAUCUAACCAAACCUUAAGUGUUGGACGAGCACAGUCACUGGGAUUGGGCUAUUGAAAGUUUUUAUAAAUAUAUCACUGGUAAAAUCACUGUUUAGAGUAUUUUCAUUGUUCUUUCAUGCUUGUAGUAACAUAAUAUAUAAAAUAAAGAGUAAGAAGAUAUGGUUUUGAACUAGAUGUUGCAAAGAAAAUGUAACAAAGUUACUUUGGCACUACAUUUAUCGACGUGAUUGGCAGAAUUGUAAUAAUAAUGUAAAGCAACUAUGUUUAUCCAGAGCAUUUA